UUUCCACUCCGUCUACCAUCAACGAGGUCACUCUCGAUUUGUCACCAACGUCAACACAUUCACCCCUUGCAACAACCACAAAAACUAACUGCCCAACAUGAGCAAGGAUAUGAAGAACGUCAACAACUGGCACUGGGUUGACAAGAACUGCAUCGGUUGGGCCACAUCCUACUUUGAAACCGAGCUCAGUGGUGUUUCUGCAGAGGCCAAUGGUGCUUCUGUCAAGACCCUCAAAGUGGCCUCGGUGAACGGAGAUGUCGAUGUGAACCAGCGCAAGGGAAAGAUCAUCACCAUCUUCGAUGUCGCUAUCACCCUCACCUUCGAAGGUACUACUGCCGAUGGCACCGCUGUCACUGGCAAGAUCGAGAUCCCCGAAGUUGCUCAUGACACCGACAUCGAUGACUAUGUCUUUGAUGUCACUAUCGACAGCGACAGCAGCUCAAAGCAAUCCAUCAGAGACUUGAUCCGCAAGAACCUGGCUCCUGUUCUCCGCAAGAAGCUUGAGUUGUUCGCUUCUGAUCUCAUUCGUGUCCACGGAAAGGAUGUUCAGGUCGAAAGCGACUUCUCGAAGUCCUCAACCCCUGUCCCCUCAACUCCCACUUCCUCCCCCGCUCCCACUCCCAUUCCCUCUGCUUCCAAGCCGAGCGCCACGACUUCUGGCGCUGUUAAUACUACUACUUUGGAGGAAUCGAUUGAGAUGCAGGCAUCCGCACACGAUGUCUACGAUGUCCUGUUGAACCAGGCCAAGGUCGCUGCAUGGACCCGCAGCGGCGAUUCGAAGAUCGAGGCCAAGGUUGGAUCUAAGUUCAGCUUCUUUGGUGGAAAUGUUUCCGGCGAGAUCAAGGAGUUGGUUGAGGAUAAAAAGAUUGUUCAGAGCUGGCGUCUGGGCUCUUGGCCAGCAGGACACUAUUCGACUGUGACGAUGGACAUUUCCGAAAACACGAACUCGACGGUGAUCAAGUUUAGGCAGGAGGGCGUCCCAGUCGGAGAACAGGAUAUCACCCGUCAGAACUGGAACAGCUACUACUGGACGGAGAUCAAGCGCACGUUCGGUUAUGGUCUCGGUCUCUAAUUGCAACAGAAAAGCCCACGGCGAGGACAGCACAGCACACGUACAGACAGAGAGGCGCAACGAGAAAAGGAGUUGGGACAUACAUGGAGAAAAUAAAUACUAUUCCCUACUCUUUUCACAAAUACAUUCCCUAUAUAAUACCUGGCGCAGGCUAUAUAUACAGACAAUAAAAAUGCUUCGGUGCAUAGUAACUGAAAUUGCAAC